UUUUUUCAAAACUAUUUCAUAAUCAAAGAAGGAGCAAGUCGAAGAGGAUUAUCGACAAACGUAUACAUACAAGAACACGGAAGAACAAUAUCUACAAAUACCAAGAACACAGAGAAGGACUUCUGAGUUCGUACUAACUUUCCCCAAAGUACAACUCAAUCCACGACUGAGGACACGACUACGACAUCAGGCACUGCCAUCGACUUGAUUCAGACCCACACGCCGUCGAAGGGCCACCCAUCUUCGUCAAGCCAGGGCUGUUGUUGUUCCUGCACGAGUCGAAAAUCUCACGCGGCGAGAAAUGUCGCGCUUAUCGCUAUUGGCGAAGACGUUCCUUGCCUUGCGCAUCGGGACUACGGAGCGCGGGGGACUCGCGGUUGUGGCAAUCGGUGUUGACGGAGAAGCAAAGCAGGGCCGCAAAAAAGUCAAAUACGGCAACCUGCGGGGGAGCCGGAAAAGGGCGGAGGCUACCGACAGCAUUGCGACCGUGGACGGUGAAAAGUCGUCUAAUGUUGAUGACAAGUACGAAUUCCUGGAGGAAGGAGCUGCAGCAGCAGGUAUCAGUAUGCUGCAGAAUUGUACUAGUGCGCAGUGCGCAUAUUUUUCCAGCUUCACUCCUCUUACUUUUCGCCUGUCAAGCUUGACAAGGCUGGAGCCGCAGAUCAUGAUCGAUCUGUGCACUGUCGGCAAACGGUGCACAUGUUUAGGCCGGUGCUUAAGGCGCCAGUGAAGACGUUCACACAAACCAGUUGAGCACCAGAACGAUAAGCAGUGAAUUGCCUGCUUGCAAUCCUAUCCUGCCUACUAUUCCACGGGCCUAUCUCUCCCGCCUCUCUCUUCUCUCCCCGCUUACGCACAUCUCAUCUAUAUGCGAAGUCAAUCUACGACAGUGUGUUUUUAAGUACUGUUGGUACUUUUAGUUUUUAGUAGUAGUUUACCACAUCCUCGAAUCGUAUUUCCACAUUCUCGAUUCUAUAUCGCAUUAUCGCUCGUUCUGCCCUAUUACUACUUCAACGUCCUCCCUAGCAUUAUCGGUCACAAUUCGGUUUCUAAACGAUCCUGCCGAUCUUCUCCCCUGGUUUGUUCUGUGUGGUGUUGUUUCUGCUUCCCUCGUGUCUUCUUUAUCUCUAACAACACGUUAAAACUAUGAGCACUUGGAUGGUGGAGCCGGCGCCCCUACCCGCCUUGUGCACUGGGAUCAUAGUUUUAAGCGAGCACCAUCGCACUAUCCACCACCUAGGGCUGCCUUCCCACGCAGCGUGGCAGAUAUGCUUUGGACGGUAGGGGCAGAAGUGUUGUCCUUUCCCUCUCUCUCUAUUUCGUCGUUUCUUGUUCAGCUUUUGUGAAUGUCCAUUCGGUUUAAGAAUAAACAUUAACCUCAUUUUAGUAGUAGUUUACGUUGUUAUGCGUUUUGUGUUGUAUCUCUCUUUGAUUAUAAUCGCUGUCCAGAACCAGAAGUUGGUUGCAGUUACUAACAAGACUGCAGACCGGGCUGAGGUUGAUCUCUGCUCUCGCACUCGCGCCUCAUGUUGAGUGUCAUUGUCAGUGCCUACAAGCGGAAGUAGGUGAACGUGAUGAAUCGACGCAAGUUACUAUUCGUGUGGGUGUGCGCAUUAUUUUUGAACAAAGCCAAGAAAGCCGUUUAUUGAACCCACCAAGGCUCGCUGUGAGAUUUCCUCUUAUUUGAGAAGGCAUAGACGAACGAUAUCGGGUAGCAGGUGGAUUAGCAGUCAUUUUAGGGGUAGCUCAUGACUAGGACAAGCUUACACAACAACUUCACGGAGAAGAUGAUCAGCACCAUCAAGAAAACAAAUUCAAACAGCAAGUUCUUAGCCUGUUUUGUCACCAAGGCCACUUCUAGAAUCGCAUUGCAAAUAUCCCUAUCGCAUCAAUUACAUCGAUUACAGAAAAAUUGGCGACAAUCCCCGAAGAACAAGAUGGGCCGGGAGGUACCAAAGUCGAUAAUUUGAUGUUUUAGGUGGAGCAGGGGAAAUUAAUUGAAUUAUGUCCUUUCAUCAAGCCCUCUACAGGUUCUUUUACAAGAUCUUCAGAUCAUUGCCAAAUUUGCAGCUUGUUUUUACUCGCAGAAGAAAUAUUGGAACUAGAAGUAGACCACCGGGCCGCAGCCGCUUUCGAUGUUCCAUGAUGUUGAAAGCAUCGCCACGCUAUGCUUUGUGAAGAGUAAGCGACGCGGUCUUCCACCGACCACGAAGCUGCAUCCAUCGAUCGUCUUCGGAUGUUUUGAAGGGAGGACUGCUUGCGUGCUCUCUUUUCGCUUCAUCAUUUCAUUUGCUUCUCCUGAUCCUCAAAUGCUCUCCCUCGCAACAUUGCUUUCAGUUUUCAAAUCACGAACCAAGAAAUCAUGAGAGGAUUGUGCUACUUCAUAUAUUAUGGAAUGCAAAUAUCAAUAUGUCUGGGUCUGGAAAAGCAUGAUUGAAGCGCUUGCAAUGGCAGCCAAGCAUGACAAGUUUUUGAGACGCCUGUUCAUGCCUAGCACGCGUCACAAAGUGCGUUUUUGCAUGACAAAAGAAGCUCCUCUUUUGCUCCUCAUGCAACACAGAUUUUCCAGGAAUGCAAGACACGCACUACAAGUUCCACUGUUCCAGACCCAGACAUCUUUGCAAUCCAUAUAUAUAAAUUUUAUUUUUGUAUUUAAUUUUUUUAGUAUUUUUAGUUAUUCCCUUUAUUGUAUGUUGUAUUUCUAAAGAUUCCGGCGCGACACCCGGGGAUGGGAUGCAGCAACAGCAGGACGCGACUUUGCGAUUGGAAUUGCAGUCGUUACGUGAAGAUGCUCGAACCAUUAUCGGGGCCUGGGGCGUCCUCAACGCCGAUCCAAACAUCCCGGAGGUCACUAUGGCGUUCUCAAACGUUACAUUCUCAAGUGAUACAUGAUUUGUAAUGCAAAAUGACCAUGAGCCGGAAGACGAUCAAGCUGCUUCGCAUGACAAAUUAUCGAAGUGGUAAACAGCAUGUAAAUCCGCGCCAAAUUUGUGAUGCAAGACUUGCAAUCUUUCCCCUUUCCCUAUUGCUGUUUAUGCGUGGCAAGUUCAUGUAACAGUUGAGAAUGUAACAGUUGAGAGCGCCAUAGCCACGAUGACCAGCGGGCCAGUUGCCGAGUUGGGGAAAAUCGCAACCGAACUAACGAGCGCGUUGGGAAAAGAAUCGCUUGUUAAACAAGCCACAUCUUCGGUGAUCGAUGAUUUGAAGGAACAGGUUUUGCAGGGGAUAACUGCCCUUCUGAAACAUGCCAAGGACUUGAGGACGCAAGCAACUGGGAUCAAGAACGCCGUUGACGAACAAUUGAAACGCCUCAGCGCGGCCUCUGAGUCUGCAGAUUCUGACUCCGUCGCAAAGAAGACCAAGUACGAAACGGCGCAGCGGCAGCUUGAAGAGGCUAACGCGGGUGCUGCGAAUGCGAUGUGGAUUUUCAACCAGGGCGUCGCGCCGUCGGAUGCUAGCAUCAACGCCGCCAAUCAUUGGUCAAAAAAAUUUACUUCGUCGGACGUGAAGCUUUUGGCAGAAAGCUGCGAGCAGCUGCGGCAGGUGCUGCAAGGCUUGGAUCUUCCAGACGGUGAGCGUGCAAAUGACGAGAAGCAGAUGCAGCAGGCGGGCCCGCUGGUCUCUGCAGAGGACGUAAAGACGUUACGUGAAGAUGCUCAAACCAUUAUCGACGCCUGGAGCAAUGUCCUCAAGGCCGAUCCAAAAAUCCCGGAGGCCACUAUGGCGUUCUCAAACGUUACAUUCUCAAGUGUUACAUGAUUUGUAAUGCAAAAUGACCAUGGGCCGGAAGACGAUCAGGCUGCUUCGCAUGACAAAUUAUCGAAGUGGUAAACAGCAUCUAAAUCCGCGCCAAAUUUGUGAUGCAAGACUUGCAAUCUUUCCCCUUUCCCUAUUGCUGUUUGUGCGUGGCAAGUUCAUGUAACAGUUGAGAAUGUAACAGUUGAGAGCGCCAUAGCCACGAUGACCAGCGGGCCAGUUGCCGAGUUGAGGAAAAUCGCAAACGAACUAACGAGCGAGUUGGAAAAAGAAUCGCUUGUUAAACAAGCCACAUCUUCGGUGAUCGAUGAUUUGAAGGAACAGGUUUUGCAGGGGAUAACUGCCCUUCUGAAACAUGCCAAGGACUUGAGGGCGCAAGCAACUGGGAUCAAGAACGCCGUUGACGAACAAUUGAAACGCCUCAUCGCGGCCUCUGAGUCUGCAGAUUCUGACUUCGUCGCAAAGAAGACCAAGUACGAAACGGCGCAGCGGCAGCUUGAAGAGGCUAACGCGGGUGCUGCGAAUGCGAUGUGGAUUUUCAGCCAGUUCGUCGCGCCGUCGGAUGCUAGCAUCAACUUCAACGCCGCCAAUCAUCGGUCAAAAAAAUUUGCUUCGUCGCACGUGAAGCGUUUAGCAGAAAGCUGCGAGCAGCUGCGGCAAGUGCUGCAAGGCUUAGAUAUCUUUAUCAAGUGCAAAUAUGUCUGGGUUAGAAGCUUGUAAUGCUAGUUUGCGCGUCCCCAUAGACGUAUUGGAGGUUGCUGAGCUGACAGCUCAGCAAGCUCCAAGCUGACAAGUUUCUCAGCGACUACUGCUUAGGUGUUGCGUAAACUGUAUGAGAAACUAAAAUGAAAAUUGCUUGGUAGCGCUGCAACAUGCCAACAUGCAUGACAGAUUUCAUCGUCAUUUUUUGCCUUGGCAUUCCAUGUACCUGGAGGGCGGAAGCCUCAUACCAUGCCAUGCCAUACCAUACCAUGUCAGCAGAGCAUUACAAGUCUUGCCAUCUUCUUCCAGACCCAGACGCAUUUGCAAUGCAUAUCAAUUGUGGAUACUCAAACCAUGCAGAUUUGGAAAGAGUUGAUUGUGGACACUCAGACCAUUAUCGACGCCGCGAACAUGGUCAGCGAGGACAUCGCCCUGACACAGGCCGACGAGCGAAUAGACAGGGAGCACGGUAACAUCGUUUCCAGCUUGGACAAAGUCGCCAAAUCUCUGCUCCGUUUGAGCUUGGAUGUACUGCAUGGCUUAGAGAAUAAAGCGCCAGUCAUCGAGAAUUGGAAGAAAGAGGUGCAGGAGGGGAUACGCGUCCUCGUGAGUCAUGCUGACGACCUCAAGACGCAAGCAACUGAGACCCAAAACGCAAUUGCCGCGGCACAAGAAGGAGCACCUGCGCAAGCCUUGGAAAUUAAUGCGGCAAAAAAACAAGGCGGCUUCCAUUCGGUUUCGGCUCUUACGAAAAUCGGUGACCACGUGAUGCGGAGGCCGACGCCAUUGGCUGUUGGCCAGUUGCAGUUCGACGAAAACAUGAGCAAGUGCGACGCAGCUCAGUCAAAGCUUGACGAGACUAUCGCGGACGCUAGCGAUGCGAUGGAAAUUUUCACUCAUGUGCACCCUGGCGCCGUCAGUCAUUGGUCAGGAAAAUUUACGUCGUCGCACUUGCAGACUUUGGCGGGAAGUUGCAAAAGCCUGCGGGAGCUGCUGAAAAACUUGGAUCUUCCAGACCUGCUUGAUCCGUCAAACGCGGACACUGCGCUUCCGCGUCGUUUUUCGCGUUGGCCCUGGGUUUCCCGGUCCUUUGAGCAAAUGACUCAGCUCCGGCUGCAGCAAGCAUCUACCGCAGCAGUUUGGCUAAACAGCAGACUAUCGACUUCAAUAACCCAGCUGAGAGUUCACAUCAAGGCGUGGACAAUUGGCAGAGCCUCCCGACCGGAGGGCGAUUUAGAUUUCAAGAGCAUGCUGACGACGCAGCUGGACUUAUGGAAACAGCAAGAAGAAGCGCUCAAAAAGGUCCGGAUGGAUGUUGUGGCGAGCCGUGAGUGGUUGGAAGAGAGACAGUUUGGAGGUCUGCUCCGGAAUAAUUUGAUGACAGGCGAAAAAGUAGAAGCAGGCCCGCUGGUUGAUGACGUUGCGGAGCUUGAAAGUUGUGUUGCUCGAGCGGCUAUGUCAUUUGUUGGCGUUGAUGGCGUUGAGGGAGGCGAGCCCAACCUGUUCAAGCAAGCGGCGCCCGAGGAUGAAAAUUUGCGCCCUGAAGAAAAAAAGCAUGCGGCGCCGGAGGAAAAAACGCUUGUGACUUAUGCCGAGCAGUAUACCGCGGGCCUGUGCCUGUCCAAGGGAGUGGAUGUCGGAGGUGUGCUCCAAAAAAAAAAAAAGGGAUACACGUCUGCAGAGGCCGCGGCACAUCUUAAAACGCUGCGGGAAACUGCGACAGGAUGCGGGGGCCUUGCUUCCGGCGCGACUACCCCUGCAACUGCUGCCGCUAGGCUGGGGGAGGUUUUGUCCCAGGCAAGCGACCUUCUCAACCUCACGGAGCCCCCCACCGCAGCGCCAGCGGAUGGGCCGCCAGCCGGCAUGCCCAGUUCUUCGGAGCCGGUUGGCGACAUCGAUAGGCUCAGGGCCUCCCGCAAGGAACUUGCCGAGAAAAAGGCGCGGGUGGAGAAGUCCGCGCACUCCUUGGAGUCGGCCUCGGGUCCAGGCGCCGACGUUUACGAGAAGGGGCAGUGACGCUGUCAGGCCUAGAAAUUGCGUGGCUGCGCUCCUGAAAAUAACAGGCAUGGCCCAAAAUGGUUUUCCGCUGAAUCGGCGCAAAGGCUGCCAUUGAUUUCGUGGGCGCCGUGGUGGUGCCAUGGCGCAUCACAAACAGCCGGGACACCGCAUUGCCUGCGGGCAUUGGUUUCGUGCUCCCAGCUGCCAUCAAAUAUUGAAUGACGGGGAAAUCAGGGUAGACUUGCCGGCACAAUAAAGCGUCGCCAGCGCGCCCGCCCGGCUUCCUUGCGUUAAUAAGUGCUCAGUUACCGACAGGCCGGCACAGAUGUGUGGCGGGCCUGGUGGUUUUGGAAAGGGCCCCAGGCGCGGAGGCUUCCGCCCCCGAAACUCGGCCGCGCCGAAGCCGGGCCCCGGGGGGGCGGGCGGCUGCCCCGAUGGGGUGCCGCACUCCACCAGCAGGCCCCGGUCCGCGGCUGACAAAAAAAAUGGCUAAAUUUUUCGGGAUUCCCCCAAUACCGGCGGGCCCAGGCGUGAGUGCCCCAGGCUAGUUUGCGCGGCAAGCCCUCCUGCCGGAGGUCCCAAAGACUAGGCGGAACCGACCCUCUGCGCCACAUUAGGCCGCCUGCUUGGCUUACGAGCGUCAGUCAGAGAGCCCGCGGGCCGCGGGAGGCACUAAACCCCAGCUAAUUUUUGCGGGAUUUCCCCAAAGCCCUUAGGGUGGGCGGCGGUUUUCAUCCCCGGGCGUUGAAGUUUCCCGGGCCCGCAGGGUUCCGCCCUUUUCCACCGCGCCCGGGGGGCCGGGUUUUUGUCAAAUCCCCCCGCUGGUCCCGCGUGUGUUUUUCCAUGAAAAGCCACGACGGGAAUUAAAAUUUAAAAAUUACGGCCGUUUGCAGGGGAUUCGGAAUUUCGAACGCCCUGGGGGCUUCUUUGGUAUUUUCGUACCCGGGUGGCCCCGAAGGUGGAGGGCAGCGCUUGUGGUCUGGUUUUCAUGGGGGCCCUCGGGUUUUCGGCUUGGGUUGUGAAGACCUGGGCCGUGUGGGCAAUGUUGAAAUCCCUGCACCCUAUCCCUGUUUCGUUCUUUCGCAAAGCCAUUGUCGCUGGCUUUUUCGAAAGCUUUCGAUUUUUGGGCUCUGAGUCGUAUUCUAUUUUGGACUUCUAAACGUGCUCGCUGUUUUGCUUUCUAUUUUUCUGCGGGAUUCGCGUGUUCGGCAGCUGUCUUCUCAACUUCUAUUUUUCGCGACACUGGAGAUUUCCAAAGGAAAUCCUCCAAAGCGCGAAUUUAGAAGUUGAAAAGCAGCCGCUCGAACAUGCGAAUCCCGCAAAAAAUAGAAAGCAAAAUAGUAGCACGAUUUAGAAGCCAAAAUAGAAUACGAUUUAGAACCCAAAAAUAGAACAUGAUUUAGAAUACGAAAAUAGAACAUGAUUUAGAAUACGAAAAUAGAAGCAAAAUUAGAAACGAAAAUAGAGCCCAAAAAUAGAAACAAAAUUAGCCGCAGAAUUAGCAGCGAAAAUAGCCGCCCGCGGGGGGUGUUUCGUAUGGGUGUAACUGGGUGGGGUGUUCGAUGGGUGCUUUUGCUUCUCGGGCGGUUUUGGGAUUUGGGGUUUUGUUUUGCGGGAAUUCAUCCUGUGUGAGAUUGCCGGCGUUGCCAUGCUCCAUGUGUAGGAGGCGGCCUGCUUCUCGUUGUUUUCUUUUUCUUGUCCUGAAGCCCCUCUCGUGAUUGUUUUGGGACCUCGCGCGCGGCAACUUGGGUUGUCGCUUUUUCGGGUUUGGGCCUUCAACUAUUAUCCCGAUUGUCGGGGUUUGAAAAAAUCCCGCAAAAAUUAGCUGGAAAUUAGCGGCCGCCACCGCCCCGGGGUUUCCAACUGACGAGCGCCGGCCGCGUUUGCUUGGAUGGCAGGCUGGCGGCCGGGGCGGCCCGACUAGGGGGGGCAAAGGCGCCGCGGAGGAUUUCAUUUUCUAGAUGGGCGCCCGGUGGCACGUCCCCGACCGCAGAAAGCCACACCGGGGGCGCGAGAAGAGUCACGGAGGCCGCCCGGGAGGCCGAAGAGCCCCGAGGAGACAUUGGGAAAGGCGGGGCCUUGCAGGGACCCCCAGGUAGCAGGGGGCCCCGAUUCUCCGGGAACACGGAAUCUUCCGCGGGGCGAAGCCCACCCGGGGAGGCGGUUCGCCUGGCCAGCAGCAAGCGUGUUAGUUGGUGUUCUGGACGCGCCGGCGCGUGCCUUUUUUUCCUAUCCCCAUUCCCCGCGAUCAAGAAGUAUUACUAUUGGAGCCCACGCACCUCCUUGUUUCGGGAGUUUAGUUAGGCCUGAGCGUGUCAGGGCCCCCUCUUAUACAAAUGCUGCCGAAGCGCAAGACCUUGAGCACCAUGUUGCCCGGCUGACUAUGUUGUUUGUUGGCUUUCACGAUUACAACGAUGGCGCCCUUUGGGCGAUCAGCAAGCUCGGCCACCAAAAGGUGCAAACGCUUAUGGAGUACGUCGCAGCGCAUGCCGAGAGCUUGGUCAGAAGAGGCACCGCCGUACGGCAUGUGCCUCCCGGAAGUAUCGCACAGGGGGCCCUCGAUAGCGUGCGGCGCGACUUAGAAGACGCGAUCACGCCGAACAUCUUGAGGUCGCUUGCAGGAAAGUGCACGAAGCUUGAUGGUAGGAGGCUGAAUCCUUUCCCCAUCUCCACGCGGCCCCGCUUUGCAGGCACCGCUAGCCCGCGGCGCCAUUUGUUUUGUAGCCUCCCGGCGCCGACUGCCUCGGCACGGCCGCAGCGGCUGGGGGCAUGGAACCGGCGGCGGGGCGCCUGUUUCGGCAUUGUCAGCUGGCUGAGUGCCCCCCGCGCCGCCUCCCCAGCCGCGCUGGUUUUUUGCCCUCGGGGGCUGGCUUGCGCCUUGCCACCCCUGCUCCCUCUGCACCGCGCCCCGGGCGCCGCCCCCCGUUUGCUUCCUCGCCUACUGCUGCAGCCCCCCCCCGCCCUGGCUAGCCGGGUCCCCCCGGCCGCCCUGUUGCAUACCCGGCGCCCCAUUGCGAGCACCCGCCCCGCCACAAUGUGGCGCGCUUGAAUUUUGUGCCCCGUUUAUGUAUUGCUACUGGCGCGCCUGGCGCGAAAAGUUGGAAGGGUGCGCGCGUGCGCCCACAGACGGCGCCUUCGGGCCGGGGAACGGGCGCCCGGCUUUUGCCUUUCGCCGUCACUCGAGUGAGAAGCCACUGCCCCGAAGCGGGAAAGCGAGGCAUGGGGAGAUGGGUCAGCACUCGAUAGCGCCUCUUGAUGUUGUGUUUGCUCGUAGGUUGGAGAAGGUUGUGGCCCAGGCAAAGGGUCUAGAAAAGUUGGCCAACGAUGAAGCUGGCUGGGCGAGCGACGAGGAGGGCCCGGAUGUGCAUGACCUCUGGGACAGGGUUACUGCCGCCGAAGCCCAGCUGGAUAAGGAGGCGGACGAGGAGGGUGGUAUGUCUCUUGGCGCCGUCAGGACUCUCGAAGACGCUGCGGCCCGAUUGGCUCUGGCGUUUGUUUCUGAAGGUGAGAAAGUUCUCGACGGAUUGGCCAUUGGGCGCCUCGGCUCUGAGGCCGUGCAAACGCUCGCGGAGUAUGCCACGGCGUACGUCGACAAGGUGGAGAAGCGCCGCAACCCACUGAAGGAGCCGAGCAGGGAGUGGGAGAAGACAAAAGCAAAACAAGAAAAGUAGGGGCGGAAAGCGAAAGUCUUUGGGGGGCCCACUCGCAGAACCUUUAGUAACCGACGCGGCCGCCCGUGUUCGUCCAUGCAUUCAAAUAAGCAGGCAGGUUGGGCGGGUGUGCCGCCCUGACGUUGUUAUGGCGCGGCCGGCGUUGUUUUCCUAAUUUCUCGCGCGCAGCAAGAUCUGUCGGACGCGCCUGAAGCGGCGUCGGUUGUGUAUUUAAGAACAAGGCAGGCGCACGCGCACCGGAUCGCAUUUUCGUAAAGCCCGGAGGCGGGCCCCGUUCGGCUCUGGGGGGCCCUCGCAAGGGUGGGUGGCAGCGUGUUCGCCGAGCCUGAGCUGGCGCCCGCCCUCGGUUUGUCCGCGCUUGGCCGGGCACUUUAGUCAGUGCGGCGCCCUUCGUCCAGGGCCCAGCCAGGUUUGGAUUUUGCAAGCAGGCCAGCAGAUAGGGCCCGGCCGGCUUGUGGGGUAGGAAGGCGGCGCCAACAGAACAGGCGCAGCCAGGGCCUGCCCUCUCUUGUGGGCGACCGGGCGGCGGCAAUUUGAUUGGUCUUGUGGCCUCUGCUGGGUGGCCCCGCCCCUCUUUCUUCUUUUCCGAGGAUGCGAGCGAAGCAGCGCGGGCCGGCGUACGCGCGCCGGGCGGGAAACAGCGCGGCGAGGUUGCCGCCCCGCGGAGGCUGAUUGGUUCAGGCGGACGAACCUUGGGCGGGCUGUUUUUCUAAAAUCUGGCGAACCCGUCGGGGACUUGCAAAACCCCGGGCGCCGAGGCCGUCGCCCCGCGGCGAUUUUAUUUUUCUCGGGCAGCAUGCAGCACGCAACGCAGUACCCGCCCCCGGAACGUUUGGCGGGAAACGGGAUGGACACGGCGCCGGGGCCCCGGCGCCCCUCCCCCCGCCGUUUUUUUUGUGUAUUGGCCGCAGCCCUUCUUUUGUUUUUUUUUGUCUUUCUUGCUCCGCCUCGGGAUGUUCUUUGGGCCCGUUUGAAAAUUUAAAAGCCCGGGGCCUUUUCUUGCGGUAGCCUACCAAUUGGCCCAGGCCGUUUUAUUCGCGGAAGCGGACGGGCGGGGUGUGCCGUUUUGUUGUUGGCCGCCCGGGGCAGAAGCCGAACCGCCCGGCCGGUACGGUGCGGCGCUGCCUGUCUUAUAAAAUUAAAAACGCAGUAGACGCGACCGCGGGGCGGUGCGCCGCGCCUUCGCGCCCCAGCCAGCCAGCGAACAAAAGCGAGGACGCCUGCGUGUAAUUGAGCGAGAUACGGCGCCCGGUGAUUUUGCACAUUUGUGCGCGGGAUGGCGUCUGCGCUCCUGCCCGAUGGCACCGAGAUGGUAGCUGGGGCCCUGGGGCGCGAUUUGUCAAGGCGGCGGGGCCCGAAAGCGUCCGCCCCCACUUUCGCUCUCGGCCCUCCGGGCUCGUUUCUUGUUCUAGUUAACGUUGCCAGGGUGGCGUGGUUUUCUUUGCCAGCGCGCUCGGUGGCAACUGUAAAAGGCCCCAGAAAGUGUUUUCAAAUUGCCGCGCGCGCAAAAGGUACCGGCGUAGGGCCUUCAUAAGUAAGACAAAGCACGCAGAGGCGGGCGCUACCGGUAAGACCAGAGGGCGGGCCAGAGGAUGUUUGCCGCGCGCGAGGCGAUAGAGACUACCUAGGUGGUGGAAGUAGAGAGGCAGCAAGCAGGGGGUGGGGCCAGCUUUGUUUAGAGGCCGGCCCAAACCAAGCAAGCCGCCUCUCGUCGCUAAACACCCUGGCUGCGGUGCGCCGGUGAUAUGUUGGGGCGGGAGCCAGUUGCCACCGCACUCGCCCAGGUUGCCCACCAUCACGCGCGGCCGCUCGUGUUGCCGGGCCCCAACAGUGAAAUCCCCCCGGGGUUUUUCUGGGCAUACAAAACUGCAGGAGGCGGCGAAGCUUGAGUGGCUCAGGCCCUCCAUUCGGCGAAUAUCGAACGCGCGCGCCAUCUGGAAAAAAAGAGAAAAGGCAGGCGGCGAGCCAGAGGGCACGCAAGACUGGGAGUUGGAAAGCCAGAACGGCCGCGCCCCUGUCAUUUUCAGAACGGCGCGCCGAAAAGGUGGAUACAAAAAGGGCGCCUUCUAUUACGCAAUCGACGCCGUCCAGAAGUUGGACAAAAGCAGCGGCAAGGCGGCUCGUUGGGUUGGCGUUCCAAGGGAUUUGGAAAUAACGGCCCGCGUACGUCGCCGACCAGGAGGGCCAAAGCCUUCGGGGGGCUCGCGUCUUGCCGCGCUCACCUCGCUGGCCGUGGGCAAGGAGCGUACAGAGGCGGAGGUCGAGUGUCUCGGGGUUGUCACUUUGCAGCAAACGGAAGGCGGCAGCGAAUGGAAAGACGCGGAGGUGGGCCAUCCCUCUCUUUGGUGGUGGCGCGGCGGCCUGGGAGCUGGGUAAGAUAGUGCUCGUUUGUUGCCUUGUCAUGAUGCGUUCGAGAAUUAAGAAAAUGGCCGCGGCGAGAUAGAUUGCUUGGGGCCUGGCAUUGGGGGCCCGUCUUGUUCGGAGAAGGGGGCCAGAGAAGGGGGGGCUGUGUUUUCCGCCUUAAUGCCAAACCAGGGGAGGGCAGGCACGCAGCCGCGCGCGGGCCUGUCGUCCGGUUGCAAGGCGUUGAGAGGGCGCAGCGUGUUUUGCAAAAGCACCCGCGCGGGGGCUAUUAUCGCAGGCCUGCAACAUGACCGCAGGCCACCACUUUUGAUUGCGGGGCCCGACGGCCAGGGCGUCAACUAACUUGCGCCGCGUUGAUUGUCCUCGGCGCCUACACCUCGGGCGCCGCCGCGGGGCGGAAUUCAGUUAGGCCAGCGCAGCUCCUUAGGCAGGGAAUUGGCUUGCCGCGAGGUGGCGAGCGCUGCAGCAAGGCAAGGCGCGCGCUGCCCCCCGCGCAAUAUUAUGGAAAGGCCUCAGGCGGCCAGCAGGGUUUUGGCAGAAAGAUAAAAAAAGGCGCGCGCCCCCCAGGCGGCCGGGGCUUCGUUUCCAAGCACGGACGCAAUCCGACUGGCUUGUGCCGCCUGCCGCCUCCCUGAUGAAUCGGCCAGCGCAGCGAAGCCGGUAUGGCGGCCGACCUUCUGAGGCGCUCGCCAGCCGCUUUGGCUAUUACUUGGCGGCCUUGGGUGCCCGAAAGGAGCGGGCCACCAAAGAGGCGGCUAGCCGAAGGGCAAAGGGCGCCGCAUGGUAUCUAUGCAGGAAGGGCGUGAGCGCCACAUCGGCCCGCGCCCCCCCAAACCUUCGGAGGCCCCAAAAGAGGCCGCCAACCAAAGUCGGUGGGCCGCCUGCUUUUAUCCGGCGCGCGUGGUUUUGAGGGCCAGAAACUAGUUGGCCCGCCAUUCCAGCGCAAGAAACCCGGAAAGCCUCUGCGAGGUCCGGGGGGGGCGGGGCCGUGGUGUUUUGGCCGCGGCUUUUGAAUGUUGCCUUAGCGUGGCGCGUGAGUGCUUCAGGCCGACUCCAGUCGGGAUGGAUGCAUGGCGUUGGGCUCAAGGGCAUGCAUUGCGCGCAGCGAGUUGACGGCCCGCGGGGCUUGACGGCCCCGCGGGCCGUCGAGCACCCCCUCGCGCGCGCCGCCCCCCGGCCCUCAGACACGCAGGGCCAGAGAGACAGGGAGCGUGCGAUGGGCGUUCGCCGUGCUCGGGUGGGGGCCUCUUCUCUGCUCUCGGUUGCUAAGGCAGGGCCCCCCCAUAUUGCUCCGGACCCCCGGGCGCCCAGCCCUUCUCGUGGGGCGGCGGCUUUGUGUGGCCCGGUCCCUCGGGAAAGCCGAAAGGGGCCAAAGGUAGAAAAGGGGGCCGGGCGCCUUGGCGCCUGCCAGCCUGGCCAGGCAGGCAUCCUAGACAGGUAUGGGGGGCCGGCGGGCGAUGCCUGUUCUUACUUUGGUUCGUUGAUUGGGCGGCCACCGGAGGCGCCGCGCCUGCUUCUAUUUUGGCUCGGCCCGUUGGGGUUUUUCGCCUCGUAUUCGGCCUCCAUGUAUUCACCCGCCCGCCCCUCGCCCGGUGUUGUCUUCGUGCGGUCCGGCUUGCCGCCUUCUUUUGGCUUCCAGUUAGUGAUUUAGUAUAUGGCUUUUCUGUGGGGCGCUCUAGAGUUAUUGUUCAGCCUGCUCCGUUUCUGUGCUUUUGUUCAGGCCCCCCUUUCUUUGGGAUUUUGCUUGUCAGUAUUUAUAUGGCUUCGCUGGCCCGGCGGCAUCGCGCCCCGCGCUCCCGAUUGCAUUGCGCCAAACAUUUCGACAGGCCUGCAGCUGCAUUGCCUUCGAGCCCGAGAGGCAACGCACAAGCCGGGGGGAGCCCUUUCGCCACCAUUCGCCGGAACACGUUGCGCGGCAUGGCCCUCCACCUAAUAGAGUACGCCGAAAAGGUCCCCGAGGACUACCUGGACCGGAUUACUCCGGCGAAUGGGCGGAGGCGCCGCCUUGAUUUCGUCGCGCAGGCCCGGCGUGAUUUCGCGGCCUCUCGCACUGCCGGACAAGAGCGAACGACGUUGCUUCGUAAAGUGCUGGUCGACGCGGCGCAUUUUCUCAAAUUUCUCACAAAAGCGUCUGCCCCACGGCCCGCCCCCCUGGCGGAGACUCUGAGAAAGAUGCCGGGGUAUGUGCCUCCUGGGCUACGUCCAGACGCAGAGGGACAGCGCGCCGCGCAGCUUUUAGCCGCUUUGGAAAAAUUUGAAGAGGCCGGCGACUCCGUUUAUUCGCGGGUCGUCAGUGGCGCGCGCCACUCUGGUGGCGAUGGCCAGGCCUGGGUCGAAGCUUUGCAGGAACUCGAGGGCAGUGCCACAUUUCUGCGGACGCUCCACAUUGGCGCAUUUCUCGCGCCACCUACUCCGCCCCAAAAGCUUGCGGGGCUUUUUGUGGGCGAGCAGCUUGCUGCGGAUGUUUUUGCCGCACGAGAGCGGACCGCCGAAACGGUCAAAGAGUUGCUCGAAGGCUUUUCCCAGUUCCAGGGCACGCAGGCGCCCGGCAAGUCUGCAGGGCAGGAGACCGUCCCUGGCCCCGCAGGAGCUCCGCAGGGCACCCGGUGGCAAGAAGAUUUCCUGUGCUCGCUUCGCAAUGUGGAAAGCAGGUUGAGCGGCGCUAUCGAAAUCGUGGGGCCAGCGCUGCAGGGCGAUGGCAGCCUGCUAAGCGAAGCAGAAAGGCAGGCGCUGCGCGCGGCGGGAUUUCAAAGCGAGGCCGAGACGAACCUGUACACGGCUUACCAAGAAAUAACCGCCGCGGCCCCCGGCGUGCUCGGUGGCCGCGAGGAGCUCGCCCGGGCGCGUGAGCUUUUCUCUUAUGCGGAGAGCGGCCUGCGCGCACAGUAUUACGCGGCGCUAUUCUGGGCGCCGGGCGAGCCGCUGCCGGCCGGCUUUUCUGCUGGCGAGGUCUUCAAAGAAACAAAAGCACCCGCGCGCCAGGAGGCGGCUCCGCAUGCAGAUCGGGGGGAGGCAGGAGACAGCCCAGGCUCGGCCCCGAUGGCCAGGCAAGAACCCGAGCACGCGCCUGACAAGGCUGCGCCGGUGCUUCUGGAGAGGUGCCUCGCCUCCGCCAUCAAAAACGCGCCGCCUGUUUUGCUAAAGGGCGGUGAAGAAAAACUUCUGCGGCAGAUGCGCGGCGCGCCCAAAACCUUUCUGCAGGCUUUCCUCGCCAGUGUUGGCGCUUGGGUCAAUAUGGUGGGGUCGAGAGGCAUGUAUGAGUUUUGCGAUGUAUUGGCGGAAAUACAUCGCAAAACUCAUACAUCAUACAUGGAAGAUUUGAGGAGAACGGCCUCACUUUCGUACAUUAUACAUCAUACAUUGUACAUCAUACAUCGCAAAUUCUCCGCUGUAGGUACCUCAUACAUCAUACAUCAUACAUCGCAAAUUCUCCGCUGUAGGUACCUCAUACAUCAUACANAUCAUACAUCGCAAAUUCUCCGCUGUAGGUACCUCAUACAUCAUACAUCAUACAUCGCAAAUUCUCCGCUGUAGGUACCUCAUACAUCAUACAUCGCAAGUUCUCCGCUCUGGGUACCUCAUACAUUGAACAUCAUACAACAUACAUUGUACAUGGUGCAUCCUGCUUGGUACAUUGUACAUUGUACAUCGUGCAUCGACCACAGCUCGGCAGAGGCCCGGACGUCGAGCUGUUGCAACAGCUCGACGCGGCUGCUCCAACAGCUUGACAUGGCCUCGCUUGUCGAGCUGUUUGAACAGCUCGACAACAGCUCGACAUGGACCCGGAUGUCGAGCUGUUGGAACAGCUCGACAACGGCUCGACAUGAUGGACCCGGAUGUCGACAGCUCGACAUGGACCCGGAUGUCGAGCUGUUCGAGCAGCUCGACAACAGCUCGACACGGGCUCGGAUGUAGAGCUGUUUGAACAGCUCGACAACAGCUCAACAUGGGCCCGGAUGUCGAGCUGUUUCAACAGCUCGGCAACAGCUCGGCAGAGGCCCGGAUGUCGAGCUGUUGCAACAGCUCGACACGGCUGCCCCACCAGCUCGACAUGGACCCACCCGGAUAUCGAGCUGUUGGAACAGCUCGACAACGGCUCGACAUGGGCCCGGAUGUCGAGCUGCUCGAACAGCUCGACGACCUACAAUGUACGAUGUACAAUGUACAAUGUCCAAUGUCCAAUGUCCAAUACAUCAAUGUACAUAAUGCACAAUGCACCAAUGUGCAAUGUGUCAUACAUCGUACGUCAUACACUGGACCAUGUACAAUGUACGAUGUACAAUGUAUGACGCAUUGAUGUAUUGCACCUCAUACAUUGUACAUGGGAACCGUCGCGCUCUCCUCAAAUCUUCCAUGUAUGAUGUAUGAGUUUUGCGAUGUAUUUCCGCCAAUACAUCGCAAAACUCAUACAUGCCUCUCGCCCCCACCAUACCCGCUUGGGUUGACGCUAGGCGGCAGCAGGCUUUGUCUCAGGCAGAGGACCUUGAAGAUCUUGCCGCGUCUGGGCGGGCGGACAAGCGCGCCCUCGGCAUACCUCUGGCGAUCCAGCUAUACGCCUGGGAGGUCAGUGCCGCGGCGCACCAGCUGAAGGAGCGGGCGGGCCCCCACAUGUUAGAAGCGCGGCCGGCAGACUCCGCCAAGCUAUUGGCGAGCGAAGACGAGGGCGGCGUGCAUUUGCGACCCGUUGAAAACCUCGAGGACGCUGUGGCCCUGUUGGUUCUGGAACUUGUUGCGGAAGACGAGAAUGCAGGGGGCGCUUCGGUUGUCGGGCAGCUCGGAACCCAGCGGGCGCAGGCGAUCCUGGAGUAUGCCCGAGCGUAUUGCGCCGAUGGGGUCGUGGCGACGGACCAUUGGCCGCAAGCUCGGGAAGCUUUGUGUGGUUGGAAGUUGGACAACUAUGGAUGGGAGGCGACGCCCCGGAAACGCUUCCGAAGCAGAACAGGCCAUGAGCAAGCACGCCCGCCGCAUGGUUGGGCUUGCUGUCUGGCGGAGGCUAGCCGUGGAGCUCUCCUCAGCUGCCCCCGAAACAAAAAGGGCAACGAAGCCAAGGCAAUCCACAAAGGGCGGCCUCGCGCCGGAUUUUGCAUGCUCUGUUAUGUGGUCACCCCGAGGGGCGGCGCGCGCGCGCCCAAACUUCCACCGCCCGGGAUGGAAGGAAGCCUUAGGCGCCGCGCCUUCCUGGGGGCUCGCGCAGGGUUUUCUGGCAGAUUACCAACCUACGUAGCAGCACGCCAACCCAUUCAAGGGGCCUCGCCGAAGCCCCCCAGCAGUUUUCCCCGGAAAUGCCUAGCCGGGCCCCCCGGGAAGUCUUCAGCGGGCCGUCGAGGGGCAACGCCGUGGCGCCUGCCGUUGUAGUGCCGUGGCGCCGCCGCCCCGCGAUUUCCCCACGCACUCGGCUCCGGACGCUUCUGGGCGGCUUGUUCUUUUGAUCUGCUUGCGGCUUUUUUGGCACAUGGCCGCCCGGCCGGAUCGGCUGGCCGCCCGCCGGUUUUCAAAAAAUGCAUGAGAAAAAAACUGGUGCCGGAUUUUGGAAGGCAGUUGGGCCCGCGCACCGCUUAUGGUGCCGCCUUACGGCAGAAAGCCUAGCAAGAAGAGAACAACGCGCCCCCCUGUCUUGUGUCACUCUUAUUUUCGCGGCUUGUGUAUGGCAAACAAAGGACGUGCCGCGGCCUGCUCUGGCAGGCCCGCGGCCUUCGUUGUUUGCCCAGCCAUCAAUGAUAGACGGAAGGGGCAGCGGCCGGCCCUAGAUUGGCCAUGCACGCCCCCGACGCCCAUGGCCCGCCGGAACUAUCUAUCGACGGACCGCCCUGGGAUAGAGGGCCGCCCGGGCCUAUCUAUCGCUCGACGGCGGGGGCCGCGCGCGGCGACUAAAGUGAAGAAAGCCCGGGCAACCUGCGAAGGACGUUGCACGCAACGCGCACGCGGGGGCCUGGGCCAUGGUAUAGCCAACGGCCUCGGCUUUCGUGCGUGUCUGAAAGCGCAGCCGCCUUCACAGGCGCGUGCCCCCGAAGGGCCCGCGGUUUUUUGGGUUUGGAAUGAUGACAACGGGCGGCCCGAACCAUGGGACAACAACGAGCCCAGUUGGGCCCCGUGGGGCCCGCGCCCGGGCCCGUAACUAUUAGGGGGGCGCGGGGGGCGCCAUUGCGCGCCAGCUUCAGGAAGGUGCGCGGGCGCCGGCGGUGCGCGCCGACGGCCGGCGCAGCCCCGCCCCAGACAUGGCGGGCUCGCAGGGGCCAUGCGCGGCGUUCGUUUCUCAUCUCAGUGAACCCACCGUCGAGAUUGGCUGUCAGUCUGUGUUGUCAGUCUCGUCGGUCGCAGGGGUGAAGCGUUUCCCGGUUUCCCGCGCAUACAAAGUUGGAGAAGUUCGCGGCAGCUGGAGUUUUAGUUGGACAGCCCAAAAAAGAAUUGCUAACAACCGACAGCGGGCCUGUGUCCUCCAGGAGCUCCACAGAACAAGGGGUAGCCCCGUUCAUUGUCGUGCGCCGCACAUUGGAUGGGCAGGCGCGCGACGUAUUAAACUUCGUCGAACAAAAAAUCUCCCAAACUGUGCUGGAGAAGAUUAGCGAGACGGCGGCGAAGGAGCGUCGCGCUUUCAUUGCUAUGGCACGGAGCGCCAUCACCGACUCGCCUGCGCCUGCCGAAAAGCAAGCGCUUCGGAGAGUGCUUGUAGACGCGGCGAAAUUCCUCAAGAAAACUUUCUGCAGCGGCUUACAGAAGGGCGGAUCAGAGGAGGGCGCGCCGGGUCCUGAACAUGCUCAACUUCGCGCAGCGUUUGACCAGUUUCAAAGCGGCGGCGACUCUGCCUUCUCGUGGGUAGUCGAUGUCCAUGAUGAGCGUGCUCAGUCUGCUAGUGAUGAUCGGAGACGGGUAGCAGCUUUGCAGGCGCUCGAAUACAGUGCCGAACAAAUCCAGGAAUUUUGGCACAAGUUAUAA